AUGCAUGGCAAAGCACCACAGGCGAUUCGUAUCAGCGGGUACUUCAUGGACAUAUUGGGUGCUUUCUAUAAGAUGCGCAGAGAGCAGGAAGAUGCACUGGAGUUUUUGGAGUAUUUGCACGCAGAGUACGAAAAGAGUGGUCUACGUUUGCCUACCUCGUGUGAAAAGCAGACAAAGCGGGCUCCUGUGAUCGAGCAGAAUGAAGCUAGUGUGGACGCGGGUGCUAAGAGUGCUCAAGCUUUCGAUGACGGCUGGGCAGAGGUUGGUAAGAAAGGCAAGAGCAGCGUGCUACGUCAGAAUCCCGUUGACACUGUCCGCUCGCCGAUAAAUUAG